UUUUUUUUCAUAAAAAACUAAUUACAAUAACAGUUUAAUAAUAGUUAUUGAAAAUUACUAUGCAUGAUACAGAAAUUAACCUAAUUUAACUAAAAAAUUAACCCGUGUAUUACAUGGGCUUAAAACUAAUUUACUUGUAUUUUGAAACGGGGAAGUUUUAUCAUCCACACUAACAACAGUACAUCGUUCAAAAAAAAUAAAAAAUAAAAAAUUCCAACAGUACAUUAUGCACAGCCCGGCCCUGCCCGUGCCAUCUUUCAGACCCAAACGUUUGCAUAACUUCAAAUUGGCUGUCAUAUUGAGAUCUGACUUCACUGUUGUUUCAUUCUCUGCUCUCAUUUGAAUUACCCAGAAAAUCAAAUCUCAUCAUCUGUUCAAUCUUUUUCGCAUUUCAAAUUAUUUGAAAAGCAAUGGAUUCUUUCAGAAGACAAGCCAGUAAAUUACGUGAUCAAGUCGCAAAGCAGCAACAGGCUGUAAUAAAGCACAUCAGUGGACCUGGCUAUGAGAGCUCAGAUAUAAUGGUCAUUGAUGAAGUUGAAUUGCAGAGACAUCAACAACUCGACAAGUUGUACAAAUCAACUCGUUCAGGAAGGGAUUUCCAGAAAGAGCUUGUCAAAGCUGCUGAAGUAUUUGCAACUCUUGGCUACAGAAAGAUUGAAGCAGGCACUAAAUUGUCUGAGGAGUGUUGCAAAUAUGGAGCUGAGAAUAUUGAAGACAACAUUUUGGCUAAGGCUGCAUCAAUUUAUGGCGAUGCUCGAAAACAUGUAGAGAAGGAGCAGGAGGAUUUGAAUAAACUGCUAUUAUCUCAGAUAUUGGAUCCCUUGAGGCAAAUGAGUACUGGCACUCCUCUAGAGGAUGCUCGCCAUCUUGCACAACGUUAUAGUCGUAUGAGACAGGAAGCAGAAACACAGGCAGUUGAGGUUAAUCGAAGGCGGGCGCGUGUUAGGGAGGCUUCAACUCAUGAAAAUUCAGCAAAGUUACAAGCAGCAGAAGCUAGAAUGCAAGAGCUGAAAGCUAACAUGGCAGUGUUAGGCAAAGAAGCAGCUGGUGCUUUAUCUGCUGUUGAAUCACAGCAGCAAAGACUGACAUUUCAGAGGCUUGUAGCACUGGUUGAAGCGGAAAAGAAUUACCAUGUUAGAAUAGCAACUAUUCUAAAUGAGGUUGAAGCUGAGAUGGUGUCGGAGAAGCAGCAGAAAGAAGCAGCUCCUCCUGUCCUCUCAAUAGAGAACAACUCCGGGAAAAAAUUGUACUGCUUAGCUGAAGCAAUCCAUCCGUUCUAUGCUGAAACUGACAAAGAGCUGAGUCUUGCAGUUGGCGACUACGUUGUUGUUCGCAAGGUGACCCCAUCUGGCUGGUCUGAAGGAGAAUGCAAGGGUAAAGCAGGUUGGUUUCCCACAGCUUAUGUCGAGAAUCGUCAGAGGAUUCCGGCAAGGAAUGCUGCUGCUGAUGUUUACUAGACAUAAAUGGUCAUCCUUCAUUUUCCAGCUAUCGAAGAUUUUUUUUGACAAUGCUGAGUACAAAUCUACAAGAUUUUAGAAUGUCAAAGUAGCAAUUUCACAUCUACUACAGGUACAAGCUACAUUGCAGGUUCUGUAUUAAGCUAACGUGUGUAAUUUACUGUAUUAAGUAGUGUGGAAUUUGACUUUUCUCCUUCAUGCACAUAUGUUUUUUUUAAAAGUGUAUCAUUUACUUAGUCUGUGGCAAUGACAUGUAUAAUGUUGUUAAGAGCUGCUGCUUAUCACUAAUGGGAAGGGAUGAUUAGCCUUUAUUGUUCCGAACUGUCCCAUUUUCCAUACUGGUAUUCAAGGAAACUUUGUA